CGCCUCCGGGUCUCCUGGGAAAAGUAGUUCAGCCCGGUCGGCUCCGAAGGCUUUUGGGAGAUGUAGUUUCUCAUCUGCAGGCGGGACGGAAGGAGCGGGGGAGGCCCCUUACGCAAACUACAAUUCCCGGCGGGGACCGCGGUGAAAGGGGGUGGGAUCUGAACAUGGCGGCGGUGGUAGCUGCUACGGCGCUGAAGGGCCGGGGGGCGAGGAAUGCCCGCGUCCUCCGGGGGAUUCUCUCAGGAGCCACAGCUAACAAAGCUUCCCAGAACAGGACCCGGGCACUGCAAAGCCACAGCUCCCCAGAGUGCAAGGAAGAGCCUGAGCCCCUAUCUCCUGAGCCGGAAUACAUUCCCAGAAAGAGGGCCAAGAACCCCAUGAAAGCUGUGGGACUAGCCUGGGCCAUCGGCUUCCCCUGUGGUAUCCUCCUCUUCAUCCUCACCAAGCGGGAAGUGGACAAGAACCGUUUGAAGCAGAUGAAGGCUCGGCAGAACAUGCGGGCAUCCAACACGGGCGAGUAUGAGAGCCAGAGGUUCAGGGCCUCCUCCCAACAUGCCCCAUCUCCUGAAGCUGGGUCCAGGGUGCAGACCUGAGGAAUAUUGCAUCCUUCCCCAUAGACUGUAUUAUUGACUGUGGCCUCAACUGCAAGUCUGGUCUUUGCCUCUAAGGUCCACCAGAGGGCGCAUGAAGCCCAGGCUGCUGCCCUCUCCCAUCCCUCCCCUCCCUUUGAGGAACCAGCCAAAGGCAAAUAAAGUUUUUGAAUGUUUGAGUGGAAAGG